AUGGAGCAGUACUUCGAGUGUAUGGAGAUCGAGGAUGAUGAAGAGAAGGUGCAGACCGGCACCAUGUACCUCACGGACACCGCCGCUCUAUGGUGGAGGCAUCACUUCACUGGUAGGGGCGCAAAAGCGGUUGACACAUGGGAGGAGUUCAAGAGGCAGUUCUACCCCGAGUGCGUCGAUGACCUCACCAUGAUCAACUUAAGGCACCUGAAGCAGAAGGGCAACAUAAGGGAGUAUGUGAAGGAGUACUCCAACUUGAUGCUAGAGAUCCCAGAGAUGCUGGAGCGGCAACAUGUGUGCUUGUUCAUUGAUAGGUUGCAGUCUUGGGUGGCCAUAGAGCUGAGGAGGAGGGAGCCUAGAGACUUGGCAUCCACAAUGGCUAUAGUAGAGUACCUUAAAGACUUUAGGCGCGAUGAUAAGAGGGCCAUGUCUCCCAGGAGGGACCACGGUAAAGGUUGGGGAGACCGGGGCUCUAAGAAAGGGGGCUCGCCCAAGUCCAGUAAUGAUGAGCAUAGCGAUAAGGAGAGACGCCCACGCCAUGACAAGAGUAAGGACCAUGGAAAGAGGUCUAAGGCUAGUGGCAAAUGA